UGUUUCAAGGAGGGGUCCUUCGCUUCGGAUGUUUGAUAUGCUGUGGACGUCAUUCCUUGCAGUCUCCUUCAAUUCGUCCUACACUCCAGUCCAACCGGCGAAGUCUACAGCGGCGCCACAAACAUCUGAAUAAAGUCACUUUAGUUGACCUAUAGUCCCAUAUUUUACCGGUGUAAUGGCAGUGCCUCCAUCAUAUGGUGACCUUGGCAAAUCUGCCAAGGAUAUCUUCAACAAAGGCUAUGGGUUUGGCCUGGUGAAGCUUGAUGUGAAGACCAAGUCUGACAGCGGAGUGGAGUUCAAAACAGCUGGCUCCUCAAACACGGACACCAGCAAGGUGGCAGGUAGCCUUGAAACCAAAUACAAGCGGUCCGAGUAUGGCCUGACCUUCACAGAGAAGUGGAACACUGACAACACCCUGGGAACAGAGAUCACCGUUGAAGACCAGAUUGCCAAGGGUCUGAAGCUGACAUUCGACACAACCUUCUCACCAAACACUGGCAAGAAGAGCGGCAAAGUCAAGACCGCCUACAAGCGCGAGUUUGUCAACCUGGGCUGUGAUGUCGACUUUGACUUUGCUGGCCCCACUAUCCACGGGGCGGCCGUCGUGGGUUACGAGGGCUGGCUCGCCGGCUACCAGAUGACUUUUGACACGGCCAAGUCUAAGAUGACCCAGAACAACUUCGCUGUGGGAUACAAGACCGGGGACUUCCAGCUGCACACCAAUGUUAACGACGGUGCACAGUUUGGCGGCUCCAUCUACCAGAAGGUGAGCCCCGUGCUGGAGACGGCGGUCAACCUUGCCUGGACUGCCGGCAGCAACAGCACAAACUUUGGCAUUGCAGCCAAAUACCAGCUGGACAAGAGCGCCUCCAUCAGUGCUAAAGUGAACAACAACAGCCUUGUCGGUGUUGGCUAUACCCAGACGCUGAGACCAGGUGUGAAACUCACCCUCUCUGCCCUGGUAGAUGGUAAGGGCAUCAACACUGGAGGCCACAAGCUGGGCCUGGGGUUGGAACUGGAGGCCUAAACUCUCCUUGCGGUGAAGGAAACGAGAGAAUAUCAGCAGUAUCUGCCCUUAAAAUGCAUUUCCAACUCCAACCAGCAAGGGGGUAUAUCAUGAAUGGAAGGGAUUUGUUCAGAGGCUACAAUGAGAAAAAAACACUACCCCGUCAUUCUUUGUUGUAAAUGUUUUCUUUACCGUUUCCAUCAAAGACACUUUCAGUGGGUCAAUAAUUUAUACACCUUCUCAUUGCAUCUAUCCAACACGGCCAUGACAAUAAAAUACACCACAUUGUUCUCCUCCCAUGUAGCUAGUUGGUCACAUGUGGCUUUUAUGUACAUCUCUAAAGUGUUUUUAUUUGGUGAGACAUCAGAUUGGUUAAACACAGCGGUUGGGUUUGGUCAUACAUUUCUGAUUUGACCAUUUCUAACCAAUCAUCUAAUAUCUUGUCUGAACACAUCUCAUUUAUAACUGCAUUAUUCACUGCACUAGGCUCCCCUACUAUUUAAAUAUCAUCAUACGCCUUUUUGUUUUUCCUUCCACACACAUGAGGACGAGUUUAAAGCUGUGUUGUACUGUUAUGAUCUGUCAGUCAGCCAUUGGGAUUUGAGAUGUUAUAUCAACACUGUACAUGAUGAAGCCCUCGCUUAAACUGCGCAGAUUUUGGGUGGCUUGAAACAGAUUCUAUGUUGGGGUUAAAACCUUUCAUUCUUGGCUGACCUGGCAGGCUUUCUUUUGUUUUCUACUUUGCUGCAGACUACUAUGGGAGGGUUUAAUAAGGUUCACAGUAAAGCCAAACUGCCUGGAUACUGUCCGGCUUUGGUGUGGUGUACACUAAGUCAAGUUCAGUGUGAAUGCUAUCCCAGUAGCUUCUGGUCACUUGGCUGACUGAGAACGAGAUCACCGGAAACCUGGAAGGUUGUUGUAUGUUUAACUUUUCAAUAAAGUCUUUGAACUCCAGAAA